ACGCGCAGCAUCCACUUACUUGCUUGUCAAGCAUUUGAGAACUCGCUGUUUCGUGAAUGGAGGGCUUCACUCCCAGUGAUACGAAUGACCUCUUUCCGUCCGACAGGGAUGCUGCAACAAGUUCGAGAUUGUGACUUAGGCUGGCCAUGAAAGGAGUAUCUCACUGUACUUAAUUCUAAAACCCCGGAGCAUACAGCUUGCUUAUACCUACUCAUCUGGAAAACGAAUGGAUGCGAUUCAGCGAUGCUGUGCUCACGGAGAACCAAAACUUUGGUGUCCACAUGCGUGAUACUGAGCGGGAUGACCAACAUAGUGUGCUUGCUGUACGUCGGCUGGAUUACUAACUACGUGGCUAACGUAAGUCCGAAAGUUGCGGAAAACAGCGAGUUGGAGAGAAAGUUAGAGGACGAAAGCAGGGGGGAAACUCUGAAGAUCAUCGAGAGACUGGACAAGCUCGAGAGCGUCGUGAACGAACACAUCAAAGACAGACCUCUGAAGGACGGUGAAGACUCUCUGUCAGACCCCGCCUCGGACCUGGCCACCUCCCUGUUUCUGCACUGGGGUCACGACCUUGGGCCUGAGAGCCGCAGGGCUGCCCUGCAGAAGUUCCAGUACUACGGCUACAACGGUUACCUCAGCGACCGCGUGUCGCUCACACGACCCAUACCGGACUACAGACAGGAUGACUGCAGGAACAUGGUGUAUUCCCCGGACCUCCCCCAGCUCAGCGUCAUCUUCAUCUUCGUGAACGAGGCGUUGUCUGUGCUGCUGCGCUCGGUGCACACGGUCAUCCAGAGGACCCCCGCCCACCUGCUCAGAGAGGUCAUACUGGUGGACGACCACAGCAACAGCCCGGAGCUGAAGGAGAACCUGCAGCGCUUUGUGGACGAGAGCAACGCGCAGCACGGGCCCGGCUUCAUCAAGAUGGUCCGCCACCACAAGCAGGAGGGGCUGAUCCGCUCCCGGGUCAGCGGCUGGAGGGCCGCCUCGGCCCCCGUCGUGGCCCUCUUCGACGCCCACGUGGAGUUCAACACGGGCUGGGCAGAGCCCAUUCUGCAGCGCAUCAAAGAGGACCGCACGCGCGUGGUGUCGCCGUCCUUUGACAACAUCAAGUUCGACACCUUUGAGGUGGAGGAGUACCCUCUGUCUGCGCAGGGCUUCGACUGGGAGCUGUGGUGCCGCUACCUCAACCCACCCAAGUCCUGGUGGGCUCUGCGGAACCAAACGGCCCCCAUAAGGAGCCCUGCCCUUAUUGGCUGCUUUGUCGUGGACAGGAAGUACUUUGAGGAGAUUGGCCUGCUGGACGAAGGAAUGGAGAUCUACGGAGGGGAGAACGUGGAGCUGGGAAUCAGAGUGUGGCAGUGCGGAGGCAGUGUGGAGGUCCUACCCUGCUCCAGGAUUGCGCACAUUGAGCGUGCGCACAAGCCCUAUACCAGCAACCUGACCGCCCAUGUGCGCCGCAACGCUCUCAGGGUGGCGGAGGUCUGGAUGGACCAGCACAAGAGUCACGUCUACAUGGCCUGGAACAUCCCUCAACAGAACUCAGGCAUAGACAUAGGGGACCUCUCUGAGAGGAAGGCCCUGCGUGCUCGCCUCGGCUGUCGACCUUUCACCUGGUUUCUGACCAACAUCUAUCCUGAGCUGCGUUCCUACAGAGACACCCUCGCUUACGGAGUAGUGAAGAACAGUCUGAGAGGGGACCUCUGCCUGGACCAGGGGCCCGACACAGACAACGCUCCCAUCAUGUACCUGUGUCACGGCAUGACCCCCCAGAAUGUGUACUACACCAGCUCCCAGCAGCUGCACCUGGGGGUGCUCAGCCCCACCAUCGACGAUGACGACAACAAGUGUCUGGUGGAGGUGAACAGCCGGCCCCGGCUGCUGGAGUGCAGCUACGCCUCCAACAAGCACCUGAAGCUCACCUGGACCUUCACUCAGGACGGCUCCAUUCAGAACAACGAGUCCCAGCGGUGUCUGGAGCUGGUGAACAGCAGCCAAUCAGAGUUCAGCUACCAGCUGGCCAUUCAGGACUGCUCUGGUCAGAAGUGGACCAUCACCAACAUACUGACGGUCCUCCCGCAGUGACCCCGGCACCCACCACCCUGAACACACUGCAGGUUGUCCGGGGAGCGGGGGGGUCCGCAGGGUCCCGAGGCCGGGGGGCCGAGCUCAUCAGCAGGGACCCCUCGGUGGAUGCCUGGACGGACAGUGGUGCUGCCCACAGGGACGGAGCUGAGCCACUGACCUCCUCCGGAAGACCCCCUGACCCGCUGCAAUAAAACAAAGCAGAUGUAUCCUUAUUAUUUUGAAGGUUACCCUCAGCCUCGUGGUGGGACCAGCGGCAGGGAGAUGUGGACCGUCUGUUAACGGGGCUCACCGUGACGACGGACAGGGAGCUCAUGGAGGAGAACAGAGGCUGCUUACAACACGAGUGAAUGGAGGAGGUGAGGCGUCGUGGUGGAUGUCCAUGUUAAGCUACCGUAACCUCCCUGGUCGUGUGUGUUUCCAGCUGACAGUGGAGCACUCACUAAGUUAGGCUUCCAUAGGAUGCCCAUGAACCCGAAAACCCAACUAAAACUCUGCAAAAUAAACUCAUGCUACACUUGCAGAGGGAGAGGAAAGUAAAUUAAACCAGAUGUCUUUAAUCAUUGACUGCCUCUGUCGCUAGUGGUUACGGUGAUGCAAGUGCAUUGCAAGGCCCGCCUCGACCAAAUUAAAAAUACGUUCCUCUAAUUUGAUUUAAAAGAAAAAAAAGGCAAUUUCUUUAAUCUAUCAGAGACUUUAACCCUAAAAAGACAGUUUGAACUCGUCUUUCAGAAUUAAGGCGUGUGGGUGCGUGUGGGUGCGUGUGCGUGCGUGUCUGUGUGUGUGUGUGUGUGUGUGUGUGUGUGUGUGUGUGUGUGUGUUUGUGUGUAUGUGUGUGCAAUUGUAUUCUGAUAUACAGUGUUUUUUUAUUUGUGGAGAUUGGGAUUCUUGAUAAAGAAUCUUUAUUUAACUAGUUACCAGGUUCACUUGGUACACACUUUGAAUCCUCUGUCUCAAGGUGAGUGUGGAACCCACCAGGCAAACCUCAUAUUUAAUGCUGUGCUUGCCCUGCGGGGCCAGCUAUUCAUCUUUGGCAAUCUUUCUUGCAUAAAAAGCCCACUUAUAAACACCAUUAGUAUCGUUUGCGUCUCGCAAUUAUUACAAAACCCCCAGAAUGAAUAUCAAUAAUUCAACACAAGACAAAAAUAAAAGCAUUUUCCUAAUGAGGGUUUUCAUUGUGUGUAUUGUGUGUGUCAUUGUUAUUUUCUUUUGAUCUACCUUCUGCUACCGUGUAGCAUCUAUUACCUAUGACGACUUAUUGUUGUAUUUAUGUUUAUUAUCUUUGUUUCAUCUUAUUUUGAGCUAUUUGUCAGGUAUGUUAAACCUGAAUAAUCUGGCUACUAUCUCAAUUCCUGGGGAGCUCUUGUACAAAGUCCUGAACAUAACUUUAAGAUAUUUUGCUAUUGUAUUUAAAAAAGAUCUUACUUAAAGAUACCUGUGUUAUCUAUAAAAAAUAAUAUAUACCAAUAAACAAUUACUGUGUUACAAACUACUGAUGUCAAUCUGGUGUUUUCCAUCUGUCUGGGUGGUUGUCAUUCUAGAACACUGGAAGUGACUCUGACACCAUGUACCAUGUUGUUCUGUGCCCCCUUCGCAGUAAACAAAAUGACACCAGGUGAUAGGGUGUCAACAAGAUUACUGAUUUGUGUGUAAAUGUGUGUGGACCUGCCAUGCAGUGACAACAAACCCUUAAGUUCCCAGAGCCUUUUUUUUUGUUGAUCUUAGCUUGUCACACAGAAAGCAACCACACAUAAUUUCAAGUUUAUAUAUUAAACAUUGUUUUAUGUUUUCCUGUAAAGCAUAUUUGGUGCUAAGAAAAGUACUUGUUUGCUAUAGUGCUAUAGAUUUCAAAAGCAUUUUUAUUUUUGUUAUGAUGGUGAUUGCUAGCAACUUGUACAGAUGUGAUGAAAAUAUCAGUCAAGGGUAAACUAAUUACAGUGAUUCAUUGUUUCAAGUGUAUACGAAACAUGAAUGUGCAUAGAUAUUUGCAGAGUCUUGCCUUUGCAGAGUAAUGUGACUGCCUCUACAAUAAAUACCUUGAAUG